AUGGCAGCUGAUGGUAAAGUUCCUAUUCCCUUGCGUCAGAAGACGAGGAAGAAAAGUCAAGGAAUUUGUGUAAUGAGCCGCCGAAGGAUCUCCUGUAAGGAUUUGGGACUAGCUGAUUUCCAGGGAUGGCUUUACAAGAAAAAGGAAAAAGGAAGUUUUAUUGGCAACAAAUGGAAAAAGUUCUGGUGUGUGCUGAAGGGUUCAUCGUUAUACUGGUAUAGCAAUCAAUUGGCAGAGAAAGCAGAAGGUUUCCUCAGCCUUCCAAACUUCACAGUGGAGCAAGCCACAGAGUGCAAGAAAAAGUAUGCUAUCAAAAUCACCCAUCCACAGAUCAAGACAUUUUAUUUUGCAGCAGAGAAUGCAGAGGAAAUGACUAUAUGGCUAAAUAAACUAGGCCUGGCUGUUGUCAAGCAAGUCAACAAAAAGAAUGAGGAAGAGUGCUAUAGUGAGAGUGAUCAGGAAGAACCAGAAAUAAACACGGAGACACCACCCCCUCCAUAUUCAGACCAAAAGUAGUUAACCCCUAAUGUCCAGCAAGAGCCUUCCUCAUCAUCCCAUGUAUCCAGUUCUUUAUCCUCCCCUGAAAGCAGUAGGAAGUUACGAGGCUUUUCUUCUUCUUCAUUGUCCAAAGCAUUGCAUCCAGAGAGACAGUCAUGGCUUGACUUUGUUAACAGCUCUUCCACUGUGGAAGAAGUAGACAAUCCAUCUUCAGCUGUCACUUAUGACUCUAAAGAUCCUGAUUGCCUGAUAAUGACAGACUGUAACAAAACAGUGGAAAGUGGUAUUGUGGAACCGGAGAACAGCUUUCAGAACUCUUUAAGCAAAGGUGCACCUGCAUUAGAUGGGGACAGGGAUAACAUAGCUGAGCCUGGAAAAACAGCACUGAAAGCUCAACCUAAAGAUGGACAGGAGAGAUGCUCUGGUGGCCGGGGACUGGAGCCCGAUCGUGCCGCUGCCGUGGUCAUCCUUGCCCCAGCGGAAGUCGCCGCCCGCCAAGCGUGCAGCCAGACGACAGAUGGUACAGGCACUCCAGUGGAGGGAGGGGGCCAGAACAAGCCUGCCGCCGUCACCCAAGCCCAGCCACAAAUGGCCAACCUGGCAUCCGCUGAGGCAGCCCGGCAGCCCCCACCUCACCUCUCCCUGCUUGCCCCCCGCAGGGAUGGGCCUCUGGAGGCCCCCCCACUAGCUUUCCCCACUUACCCGCAGAACUGCCUGGAUGGCAACAGGCCUCUGGAGGCCCCCGCACCACCUCUUCCCGCUUGCCCGUUGAGCCGGACGGAAGGCCUCCAGGGGCCCCGCGCCACCUCUCCCCACUUGCCUACCGAGUAG